UGCAACAGAAUUUGACUCUAACUAAAAACCCAUAAGAAUAGGUCAAUUAUUCCUUAAUUAAAGCAAACUAAUUAACAGAUAUUGAAUAAUUAUAACUUAGAAAACCUCAUCUAUAUAAAAGCCCUAUACGGAUUUGCAAUUCUUUAUGACAUAUUGCAAUCCUUCUUCUCCCUCCCUGGCGUUGGUGUUCUAUUUUUAGGGUUUCAAGCAGAACGGCAAACAUGGAUGUACAAUCAGCCACGUGUAUGACUCCGUCGCCGGUAGUCCUCCCUGACGAUCUAAUACCUGAGGUACUUUCCUUACUAUCGGUGAAAUCUCUUUUACGAUUGAGGUGCGUAAGUAAGUCUUGGAGAGCCCUCAUCUCCGAUCCCGUGUUCGUGAAAUUGCACCUCAAGAGAUCAGCAACACGAAAAACGCUCUUAACACUAAUGAAGCAGCAUCCAUCAAACUACCGAAGUGAUCAGGUGUACUGCGUUCUAUACCCUAAAAGUCGUUUACUCCAUAAUCCGUCUUUCAAACUUUCCGUUGAUUCUUACUACCUAUCGAAUGAGAAGGACUGCUAUCGUAAGAUAGCAGGUUCCUGCAAUGGAUUGAUCUGUUUGACUGGUUUUUAUUUCACCUUUACAUAUCGAGAGUACUGGCUUCGUAUAUGGAACCCAGCCACAAGGACACUGUCUCCAAAAAUUGGCUAUUUUCGCGAUUCUUCCAACUCUCUACAUGAAUAUUACCCAGCUUUCGAUUUCAAGUUUGGCUAUGACAAUUCAACGGACACUUAUAAGGUGCUGGCGACUGAUACCUAUCUCACAGGCACUGUAAGAAUUCUCACUUUGGGUGAUAAUGUUUGGAGAGAUAUUGAAAGUUUUCCAGUUGUACCUCUGAAGAGAAUGUACAGAAAGAAUAGAGGUGUGUAUUUGGGUGGAACUGUUAAUUGGUUGGCGAUGGACAAUGAUUUUCCGUAUAGUGUUCUUAAGAAUCAUGCUACUGUUGAGCAGUUUCGUAUUGUUUCACUUGAUUUGGGGACUGAGACAUACAACCAGUACAUGCUGCCUCGUGGUUUUGAUGAAAUGCCGCCUGACAUGCCAACUCUUGGUGUGUUGGGGGACUGCCUUUGUUUUUCUUAUUAUCCCAACAAAUUCAAUUUUGUUAUAUGGAAGAUGCAAAUAUUUGGGGUCUAUGAGUCUUGGGUCCAAUUUCUUAAAAUUAGUUACCAUAAUCAGCAUCCUGAUUUUCAUGUAGUGCCGUUAUUUUUCUUUGAGGAUACACUCAUACUUAGGAGUAGUCAAGGCCAAUCAAUUUUCUAUAAUUGGAUAGAUAAUAUAGUAGAGGAAAUAAACGUUACUAUUGGCAAUAAUAGAACUACCGAUUAUGUUGAAAGUUUAGUUUCAAUUUUUUGAAAGUAAUUUUCUCUUCCAUUGUUUAUUUGUUUAAAUUUAUGUUAAUUUUCUUCAUAAUUAUAGAUUGUGUGAAUAUUCUUUUUUA